ACCUCAGGGGUCUGUCUAGGAUCCCAGCUCUAGUCAGCACUACAGGCUUUGAGGUGGAAAGCUACAUCCUGUCAUCCCAAACCUAAUUCCACACGGUGGAAGCAUACCCCUCCCCCCAGUCUCCAUCUUGAACGACCCCAUGGACAGCCCCUACUCAUUGCCGUUCCCUGGCUUAUCAGUGUUGCCCUAUUGCCACCAAGUCCACCCGGGGUCCUAAGGGGGCUAAACUGCUGAUAGAGCAACUGUUCUCACCAAGCACCCCUCAUCCACCUACAGGGCCUCUAACUUUAUGGCACCCCUCAAAUGACCUGGCAUGUGUGAGCCACUGGUGAAAAGCUGGGCCUUGUCUGCACACGCGGGGCUGUGAGUAGGGAGAUGGAUUCCAAGCUCUCUGGGCUGAAAGGGGUCGUGAACUCAUGGGGGAAGAUGACACAUUUAACAAGAAAUUUUUGCUAAGCAUCCACCAAGGGCCCAGCCCCUGGGUUGCUGCUGGGAACAUCCUGCUCUCAGAGUAGCUAAGCCCCACUGGGUCUUCAGAAUGAAUAAGCCACAUUCUCCAGAGAGGUUCUUCUCCUCCAGGCUGGACAUCUUUGGCCCCUGACUUUGUGUUCCCUGACAUUUUAUUAUGAAAAAAUGUAUAUGCAGUAGUAAAGUUAAGAGAACAGCUCACUAAGCAUCCAAGUGUCCAUCAGGUUAUAAUUCAUAUUUUGUUGGAUUUGAUCUUAUUUCUAUCCACCUCUUUAUUCACCCGUUCACUUGUUGCACUUUUCAGACUGGGGUAUUAUUUUUUUUAAUUUUUAUUUAUUCAUUUUACAUCCUGACUACCUUUCCCCUCCUCCUCCUCCCAGUCCCUCCCCUAGGCUGAGGUAUUCUUGAGUCAGUCAAAGCCUUUGAUAUUCUAGAAAAAUUUAAGCCAACUCACCUGUUGCAACUCUGCACACACAGACACCAUCUCUCCAUUGAUUUAGUUCAGCCUGGAGCUCAAUAACAAAUGCACUGUGGACAGUUCUUGCCCAUGGAAAUCUGGGGUCUAGAAACAGAUGUCACGGCUGUCACUCUUGUGCUUCCAACUUCAGUCCAGAGUCUGUCCCUGAGGGCUCACUCACACUUUUGGCAAUAUAGGCCUUAGAACUGUCCCAUCCCACCUCUCUGGGCAAACCUCUGACUCCUGUUCCACACUGAUGAGGAAUCCGAGAUGAUGUCUGUUAAGAUUCAGAAUCUCCAUCCCUGGCCUUCACGGCAAAGGCACCAGUCAUGGUACCUGCAUGUUCUGAGCAGGCUUCUCUGGGAGUCCAGGACUCCUGACAGCCCUGGGAAACUUCAUAAUUCCCAGCCACCAGUUUGGUAUUUUACACCUAGUUACACAUAUGUCCUUAGUUUCCAGUGACCAACACUUGGGAUAGGAGGUGGCUCAGAAAGCCAAUAGGAAGGCAAGACUUGGGGAGCCACCUCCCCAAGGUGGGAGCCUCACACCUGGAUACUUGAUAAUUCCAAGGACUUUGGCCUAAGAAGACCUCUCCUAGGCUGGUGUGGGAGUGUGCUAAGACCACACAGCUGGCCUAGUCUCAAGCCCAAGGCUUCUGCCCAAGGACAAGGAUACCCAUAAAUAAAGCCAGGCCAUUCUCAACUUCAUUAUCUUCCACAAUGUUACUGCUCAGCCUAACCCUUAGCCUGGUCCUCCUUGGCUCCUCCUGGGGCUGUGGUGUUCCUGCCAUCACACCUGCAUUGAGCUACAGCCAGAGGAUUGUCAAUGGGCAGAACGCAGUGUCAGGCUCCUGGCCCUGGCAGGUGUCUCUACAGGAAACCAAUGGCUUCCACUUCUGUGGUGGUUCUCUCAUCAGCCAGAACUGGGUAGUCACUGCUGCUCACUGUGGAGUCGUUGCUGGACGACACUUAGUUGUUUUGGGAGAAUAUGACCGAUCUUCCAAUGCCGAGCCUGUGCAAGUGCGCUCCAUCUCGAAGGCCAUCACACACCCUAACUGGGACCCCAACACUCUGAACAAUGAUGUGACCCUCCUGAAGCUCGCCUCACCAGCCCAGUACACGGCACGAAUCUCACCAGUCUGCCUGGCUUCCUCCAAUGAGGCACUGCCUGAAGGCCUCAAAUGUGUCACCACUGGCUGGGGCCGCACCAGUGGUGUGGGCAACGUGACACCAGCACGUCUGCAGCAAGCAGUUCUACCCCUGGUCACUGUGAACCAGUGCCGGCAGUACUGGGGUUCAGGUGUUACUGACUCCAUGAUCUGUGCAGGAGCCUCGGGUGUCUCUUCAUGUCAGGGUGACUCAGGAGGCCCCCUUGUCUGCCAGAAAGGAAAUGCCUGGGUGUUAGUUGGCAUUGUCUCCUGGGGCACUGAGAACUGCAAUGUGAAGGCCCCAGCCGUAUAUGCCCGCGUGAGCAAGUUCAGCACCUGGAUCAACCAGGUCAUGGCCUACAACUAAACUGUCUGCAGAUCCUUUCCCCAUCCCAAUUCAAUAAAGACACCAGGCUCAGUUCUUUUGUGUAGCCUUGUCCUCUGUCUUGAUUU